AUGGGUUCAGUAUCAGUCAUCUUGUUUGCCCUGGGCAUGAUAGCCACUCAAGCAGCAACAGCCUCCAGAUGCUCGCCGUCAAAUCUCUCCAAGCCAGACCUACUUGGAGCUUCUAUCCUCGAUAUUCAAGCCGAGGAAGUCCGCAACUAUUCAGCUGUCAGUCUUGCCCCAGGCUCCAAUGAUGGAGGAAAGUACACCAUCGACUUUUGCAACAUCACAGUCACAUACACACAUCCCGGUUGGAACGACACAAUCAACACUCAGGUCUGGCUACCGCUCGAGGGCUGGAAUGGCAGAUUCCAAGCUUUAGGUGGUGGAGGCUACAGCGCUGGGUUUGGCCCUACCUACCUUACAUUCGCCGUCGCCCAAGGGUUCGCAUCUGCCUCCACCGAUGGAGGCCAUAAUGUGGGAGAUGAAGCUGUUCCGACUGAUCUCACUUGGUCUCUGAAAAGCAAAAACAAUGUGGACUGGUUUCUCUUCGAAGACUAUGCAUCCAAGGCCACCAAUGAUUUAGGUGUGAUUGGAAAGCAGAUCACCGAGUCAUUUUACCACCAAGCUCCAAAAUAUUCCUAUUUUGCUGGAUGCUCUGGUGGUGGAAGACAAGGUCUCAUGAUGGCGCAGGAAUAUCCCAAUGUCUUCGACGGCAUUCUGAGCAUUGCGCCCGCCAUCAACUUGGAAGCUUUCAUUCCUGCAGGCUAUUGGGCUGCACAUGUCAUGAAUAAGAACAAGAUAUACCCCUCUUCUUGUGAGGUUCAGGCUUUUACCAAAGCAGCAGUCAAAGCCUGUGAUCCAUUGGACGGAGUGGAAGAUGGCAUUAUCAGCUCGCCAAGUCUUUGCAAUGUCAAGGCCUCCGACUUUGUUGGCCAGGAAUACACAUGCAACGGAGUCCAGCGUACUCUAAGCGCUUCAAGUGCGAAGGUCAUUCAAGCGGCCUGGUCUGGCUCCGGAAAGGCCGGUUGGCCCGGUGUGAACAAGGACGCAGCGAUCGACGGUUACUAUGUUCCAACUACUACCUGUAACGCCAAUGGCACAUGCACCAUUGGUGAUAGUUCUUUGUUCGGUAACUGGAUCAAAUAUGCUGUUGCCAAAGAUCCUAGCUUCCCACUUCAGAACAUGACUGAUUCUACAUUCUUCGAUAUGCUGCACUCUUCAAUUCGCCAGUAUGACGGAAUGGUUGGUAAUAAUAACCCUGAUCUGUCCAAAUUCAAGGCAAAUGGGGGCAAGAUGAUUACCUGGCAUGGCCUUGCCGAUGAAGCAAUCCCACCAAAUGGAACAAUCAGCUACUAUGAGGAAGUGCUCAAAAUGGACCCCAAAGCCCACGACUUCUACCGCUUCUUUGAAGCGCCUGGUGUUGGCCAUUGUUAUGGUGGAGUUGGACCAAUUCCGAACGGAGCAUUGUCGCAGUUGAUAGAAUGGGUUGAAAGAGACCAUGCUCCUGAGACUCUGCACGCUACUAAGGGAACCAACAACACAGCUCGUGAUCUGUGCCCAUAUCCACUCCGGCAGAAAUUCACAGGGGGCGACUCCAGGAACGCGACAUCCUUCACUUGCGUUAGAUAA